AUGUCACUACAGAAGAGUUUGAAAAGUGUUAGUGGUGAGCAAGAUACAACAUCAAUAUGCUCUUCUGUCACAACGCAACCAGAUAGACAUGGAUUCUUUGGUGGUGCACAAUAUAGUCCAGAACCAAAAAGGACUGUUUCGCCGAGUACAAUAUUGAAGCGAGAACAGAAAUGGCUACGCAUGCUUAAUAAUUGGGAGGCUUUUAUGAGCAAAAACUACAAGAAAGUCCGAGAGAGGUGUCGGAAAGGUAUUCCGGCCUCAGUCCGCCCUAAAGCCUGGCUGUACCUCUGCGGAGGUCAGUUACUGCUGGAAAAACAUCCGAACGAAUACGAGGAACUCCUCCAGGCGCCUGGGGACCCCAAGUGCAUGGAGGAUAUCAGGAAAGACCUGCACCGACAAUUCCCCUACCACGAGAUGUUUAUCCGGGAAGAGGGGCAUGGUCAGCAAGAGUUAUUCUCAGUACUGAAGGCGUAUUCAGUAUUAAACCCUAAAGUGGGCUACUUCCAAGCGCAAGCGCCGGUGGCCGCGUUUCUUCUGAUGCACAUGCCCUCCGUACAGGCCUUCUGGUGCCUGGUCAGCAUUAGUGACAAAUACCUUAGUGGAUAUUAUAAUCCUGGCUUGGAGGUGCUCCAACGCGAUGGUGAUAUCCUCCACGCAUUACUCCGUCGGACAGCACCGGCUGUCCACCGACACUUGGUGAAACAUCGCGUUGAGCCAGUUCUUUACGCCACAGAAUGGUUUCUUUGCGCUCUAACGCGCACAUUGCCAUGGGACAGUUUGCUACGUGUGUGGGACUGCUUUUUGUGCGAGGGCGUUAAGGUCUUGUUCAAAGCAUCACUAGUGGUCUUAGCAGGAGCCCUAGGCCCCGCAAAGAUCCGAAAACGAGCGAACGGCCUAUGCGAGACUCUGGAAGUACUUCGUCACCCCCCGGACAGCGUACUUGGCGAGGAAUACCUCAUGUACCACAUGCAAAGGCUUAACCUAACUGAGGAAGACUUUGAGUUCGAGCACCAAAGGCAGACCGCGCGUCGCCGAGCCAUGGCUAAUAGAAGGUAA